AUGAAUCUAUGGCAAAGUAGCAGCAGCAGCUCUUCAUCUGAUGAGGACAUACCUACUAUUCGUAAAACGAAAGUGUAUAGGAAAAGAGAAGAUUAUUUCAACAGGUUUGAUCAUUUACGUCCAUAUCUGAUGACAAAACUUCAAGAUAUUAAUAUGGAGGCAGAAAAUUUAAAUAAUGAAUCAAUAAUUAGGACACGGAAUGUGGUAGAGACGCAACAUGGUGAUUGGAAAAGACGAUUUCCUAUCUUAAAAUUAGGUAUGAGACUUGAUCUACAUACAAUCAUGGCAAUAAUUAUCGCCACAGCGGUCCUACAUAAUAUUGCUAUAGAAGAGAAUGAAGCAAUACCUGAAGAGUGGAUCGAUCAUUCUGAAGAUGAAGAAAUAAAUGAACAGGGUGAUGUUAGAUAUGACAAUCGCUCAGGCCAGACUCUCGCUGAACAGUUACCGUAUCGUCGCGAUGCAGGAAAUGCGGGAACUUUGCGGAAAAUUGUUUGCAGGAAAGCAAGGAGCUCGAUAAUGCUUCCGCUAGGUUCGUUGGCGUAUGGAGCGUAUGGGGAGGGAGAACACGUAUCUCGCUUCUUACUACGUAUUAAGACACAUAAAAUGCUGUAA